AUGUUCAAAACGAAACCCCUGAGCUCGCUCAAGAGCAUCUUCCCGCCGAUCCACCAACCUCUCCCACUGAACAAGCGAGAAUCCCAACAGCUACUCAAUGCCCUGACUACCUCGUUCAGGAAACACCUAGACAAGGAGCACGGUUGGCUACCCGAUGAGCCAUCGGUCGCGCCCGUCCCGGCCGUGCCAAUAUCCUACUAUGCAUCUCCCACGCCGACCCUUGCGAAAGAAGCCCACCGACGGCCUACAGACCGACACCUCCGCGCCAUUCUCUCCAACCCCCUCUUCAACUAUGACCCUCGGGCCCGGGCGACCACAGGGUUGGUAGGAGCGCAGCGGGACCCAAUGGACGUCUUCGACGAGGCGGUCGCUAAGGGAAUGAUGACGAUGAAGGGCGCGCUUGGCUGCCUGAUCGCAGCGCGGCGGGACAUAAUGCAAUCGUCAACGGCAUCGAUGAAGGACGGCAUGCGAGCAUCGGGUGCGGGUCUCCGUGUGCUUCAAUGGCUGCGGGCAUCUGGAAUGGAAAGAGACCUAUCGUUUGUUUCGCAUCCGAGGUUCAUCAAAUUCCUACUUCCCUUCCUCGUUGCAGAAGGAUUGGACGAACUGGCCUGGGCUUGGCUGGCGAGACUGAUAGCUGGAGAGGGGCCAGCCACGGUCAAGAAACAGCCAGCGGCAUCAUUUCUGCUCGAGGCCUUGGUCUAUACCAGAUCUGUCGGCGCUAGGAAUCUCGACGACGCAUACUCAUCAAUACUCCGUGGAGAAGAGAUGCUGAAGGACAGCCCGGAAUUUGCCCAAGACAUGCUUAGUCCGUGGAGGAGCCUCGCAUGGCUAUCGACCGUGGAAGCUUGGAAGUAUUCGAGCCCAUCUGAACCGUUAUUCGAAUCCUAUGUCGCCAUUAGUGAGCACAUCCGCAGGACCAAGAGUCUCGUACGUGCCCACCUCGACCUUCACCAUCCCACCAAGCCGAGCCACGCCUUGGCCGUCGAAUUCCUUUCCAAGGAAUCGUUUUGGCAGAAUCUCCUCCUGCCCUCGACACCUACGCCGGCCGCCCUAACAGCAGCGAACGGGCUCAAGCCCCAGCCGUCCAAUUUCCAUGUCCGGAUCAUGUCUUUUGGGCUAGACACUGUGCAGCACCUCACCCAAAGGGGCCAGUCGGAAGAAGCCCAAUGGAUACUCAAUCUCCUCCGGACGUAUCUCGGCCCAUACUUCGCCCAAGAUCAUCCCCACCAAGACGGACGUCUGUCAUUUGGCUGA